AGUCUCUCUCCGACCCCUCCCCCUCCCACAUGACUCAGCCCCUCCCCCCGCGCCUCUCGCAGCCCCUGAAGCAGCAGAAUCAGAAUCAGAAGCGGCGGGUCGGGGGGAGCCGGGGGUUCAGCACAAUGUCCCCCCAUUUAUAAGAGACUGAGCCCGGGGACAUUCCCCCCCAAAUCUUUCCACUCGGAGCUUUUUUCUCGGCAAAUGUCUCGGCGACCCCCGGAGCAGCGGAAACACCGGGCUCAUUGGGAAUAAAUUAUUGUCUCAAUUAUUGUCUUUAAUCUGUAACCGACACAAUGGACAGGGGCCUCUUUACACCGAUCCUGGAGAAUUUCAUGUCCAGCCCUUUAGUCAUCUGGAUAAAAACCUUUGGCCCCCUACUCAAAGGGACUGGCCCCCAACUGGAUGAAUAUUUGGCUUUAAUAGACGGAGUUUUCCUCAAUGAAGUCCUAAUGCUCAUAAAUCCUAAAGCUGAUAGUCAAAGAAUAUAUAGGAAGAUCAAUAACGAUGCUUCCCUUCGAAUCCAGAAUUUGUCGGUGUUAGUCAAGCAGAUGAAAUCUUACUACCAGGAAUCGUUACAGCAGUUGGUCAUGAUGAGCUUGCCAAAUGUUUUAACUAUCGGCAAAAAUCCAUUUUCUGAACAAGGAACAGAAGAGAUGAAGAAACUGCUUCUCCUUUUGCUGGGUUGUGCUGUCCAGUGCGAAAGGAAAGAAGAAUUUAUUGAAAAAAUCCAGGACUUGGAUUUUGACACAAAGGCGGCAGUUGCAGCUCAUAUACAAGAGGUAACGCACAAUCAGGAAAACGUGUUUGAUUUGCAGCUAAUGGAACCGACGGAGAUGUCGUCGGAAGAUUUAGAAGCUCUUCUAAAAAAUGUUUCUUUCCACCUGAAGAGGCUGGUUGAUGAGAGAGACGACUAUACAGAGACAAUCAUCGAACUGACAGAGGAGAGGGACUCCCUUCAUUUCGCACCUCUCGCUACAUCUGCUCAGUCUCCAUCUGGAUCCCCGAGCAUGAGACGCACCGAGAGCAGACAGCAUUUGUCCGUGGAGCUGGCAGACGCCAAGGCGAAAAUAAGAAGACUGAGACAAGAGCUGGAAGAGAAAACAGAACUAUACCUGGACAGUAAACAGGAGGUUGGACACCUGGAAGCAGAAUUUAAGCGAGUCCAGCAAGAGAACAUGAACUUGCUGGCAGAUGCUCGGUCUGCUCGAGUUUAUCGGGAUGAGCUGGACGCACUCAGGGAAAAAGCCAUUCGAGUUGACAAGCUUGAGAGUGAACUGAGCCGGUACAAAGAGAGAAUGCACGACAUUGAGUUUUACAAAGCUAGAGUGGAUGAGUUAAAAGAGGACAAUCAGGUGCUUUUGGAAACAAAAACAAUGUUGGAGGACCAGCUGGAAGGAGUUCGGGCCCGUUCCGACAAACUCCAUGAGUUAGAAAAGGAAAAUCUACAGCUGAAAGCCAAAUUUCAUGAUAUGGAAACGGAGCGGGAUAUGGAAAGAAAGAGAAUUGAAGAAUUAAUGGAGGAGAACAUGUCCCUGGAAAUGGCUCAGAAGCAGAGUAUGGAUGAGUCUUUGCACCUCGGCUGGGAGCUGGAACAGCUGUCAAAAACAAGUGACCUCCCAGAAAUUCCACAGAAGUCUCUGGGCCAUGAAGUGAAUGAGUUGACGUCCAGUCGCCUGUUGAAGCUGGAGAUGGAAAACCAGACGUUGCUGAGCACAGUGAAGGAGCUGCGAAACACAAUGGGCUCCGCAGAUGCCAAAAACACAAAGAUCCUGAAACUGGAGAGAGAAAAUCAAAGGCUGAGCAAAAGGCUGGAAAAAUUAGAAGUCGAGAUUAACCAAGAGCGACAGAACAAUGAGAGCAGCCAACAUCUAAGCAGCGAUCUCAUGAAGGAGAAGUCCGAGCUUGAAAAAACAAUUGAGACUCUCCGGGAGAAUUCUGAACGCCAGAUUAAAGGGCUUGAACAAGAGACUGAACAUUUGAAUCAGACAAUCUCCUCCCUGAGACAACGUUCCCAAAUCAGUGCCGAGGCCAGAGUCAAAGAUAUUGAAAAGGAGAACAAAAUUCUGCAUGAGUCCAUCAAAGAGACGAGCAGUAAAUUAAACAAGAUGGAGUUUGAAAAGAAACAAAUGAAGAAGGAACUGGAGCACUUUAAGGAGAUGGGCGAGAGGUCCGAGGAACUUGAAAAGGAAUUACAUCGAGUGGAGAAAGAGAACGAACUCUUGCAAAAAAAGAUCACCAGUUUAAAUAUAGUUUGUGAAAAAACAGAGGCCUUGGAACAGGAAAACGCAGGCUUGGAAUUAGAAAACAGAAAGCUGAAAAAGACAUUGGAUAGUCUAAAGAACUUGAAAUAUCAAAUGGAGUCGCUAGAGAAAGAGAACAUCCAACUGGAAGAGGAGAACCUAAACCUACGGCGAUCGGUGGAAUCUCUCAAAAGCACAAAUAUAAAGGUGGCCCAGUUGGAAUUAGAGAACAAAGAACUGGAGAAUGAAAAGGAGCAGUUAAGGAAAGGACUGGAGCUCAUGAAGGCGUCUUGCAAAAAAAAUGAACGAUUAGAAGUCAGUUACCAGGGACUGGACACAGAGAACCAAAGAUUACAGAAGGCCCUGGAAAACAGCAACAAAAAAAUUCAACAACUGGAAAAUGAACUGCAGGACCUGGAGGCAGAAAAUCAGACUCUGCAGAAAAAUCUGGAGGAAUUAAAGAUUUCUAGUAAGCGGCUGGAACAGCUGGAAAAGGAGACCAAGCUGCUGGAACAGGAAAAUUGUCUAUUAGAAAAGGACAAGAAACAGCUGGAAAAGGAGAAUAAGCGACUCCGCCAGCAGGCUGAGAUUAAGGACAUUACGCUGGAUGAGAACAAUGUAAGGAUCUCAAACCUGGAGAGAGAGAAUAAAUUGCUUUCCAAGGAAACGAAUACAUUUAAAGAAUCCUGUGCCAGGAUGAAAGAGCUAGAAAUGGAGAAUAAGGAGCUUGUGAAAAGAGCAACCAUUGAUAAGAAAACAUUAAUCACGUUGAGAGAGGAUUUGGUGAACGAAAAACUAAAAGCACAACAGAGCAAUAAUGAGCUGGAGAAACUAACCCACGAAUUAGAGAAGAUUGGGCUGAACAAAGAGCGACUGCUGCGCGAUGAACAGACUACGGAUGACAGCAGAUACAAGCUCUUGGAGUCCAAGUUAGAAUCAACGCUGAAGAAGUCUCUGGAAAUAAAAGAAGAAAAAAUUGCCUCCCUUGAAGCCCGAUUAGAGGAGUCAGCCAAUUUUAAUCAGCAGCUUCGACAGGAGCUUAAAACUGUUAAAAAGAAUUAUGAAGCACUUAAACAGAGGCAAGAAGAGGAAAGAUUGGUCCAUACUUCUCCACCAAGAUCUGGUGAGGAAAAUCUACCUGUGACUAAAUGGGAAAGGGAGAGCCAGGAGACCACCAGAGAGCUGCUGAAGAUCAAGGAUCGCUUAAUAGAAGUUGAGAGAAAUAACGCUACUCUGCAGGCAGAGAAACAGGCACUAAAAACACAACUGAAACAACUGGAAACUCAAAACGAGAAUUUACAAGCACAGAUUUUAGCACUUCAGAAGCAGACGAUAUCCGUACAAGAGCAGAACAGCACUUUGCAGACCCAGAACGCCAAGCUGCAGGUUGAAAAUUCUACCCUUAACUCACAAAGCACAUCACUUAUGAAUCAGAAUUCCCAGCUUCUAAUGCAACAGUCUACCCUCGAAAAUGAAAAUGAAUCCCUCAGCAAAGAGCGUGAGGAGCUGAAGUCCAUGUAUGAGCUUCUGGUGAAAGACCAUGAGAAACUGGCGCAAGUCCAUGAGCUGCAGGCGGCAGAAUAUGAGUCGCUUAUCUCCAAGCACGGCAGCCUCAAGUCUGCACAUAAACAUUUAGAGGUAGAGCACAAGGACCUCGAAGACAGAUAUAACCAGUUACUGAAACAAAAAGUUCAGCUGGAAGAACUGGAGAAAGCACUUAAGGAGGAGCAAGCCAAAAUGUUGCAGGAGAACAAACAGCACGAAAUGUUGGCGUCGGAUUACCAGAGACUGACCGAGGAGCAUGGGAGGCUCAAUCACACAUACAGACAGCUGUUACGGGAAAAUGAGAGCCUGCAGAGCGAUCAUAAAAACGUGAAAACCCUCCUUAAUAGCGGUAAACUGGAGCAAACCAGGUUGGAAGCCGAAUUCUCCAAAUUAAAGGAGCAGUACCAACAGCUGGAUAUCACAUCAACCAAGCUGAAUAAUCAGUGCGAGCUAUUAAGCCAACUGAAAGGCAACUUAGAAGAAGAAAACCGCCACUUAUUGGAUCAGAUUCAGACGCUGAUGCUGCAGAACAGAACCCUCCUGGAACAGAAUAUGGAAAGCAAAGACCUUUUCCAAGUCGAGCAAAGACAAUACAUUGAUAAAUUAAAUGAACUCAGGCGACAAAAAGAAAAACUGGAAGAGAAGAUAAUGGAUCAGUACAAAUCCCAUGAGUUGUCUCCCCCAAGAAGGAGAGGAAACUGGAUUACAUUAAAAAUGAGGAAGCUGAUCAAAUCUAAGAAGGAUAAUAACCGGGAACGCCUGAGAUCCCUCACGAUGGUCCCAUCCCGCUCCGAGUCCAGUGAAGGUUUCUUGCAGUUACCGCUCGGCGACAGUCAGGACAGUUCUUCUGUUGGUUCCAAUUCUCUUGAAGAUGGACAUCCACUUGGAGCAAAAAAGAGCAGCAUGGUUGCGCUGAAAAAGCUGCCCUUUAUGAGGAACCGACCGAAGGAUAAAGACAAAAUGAAGACCCUCUACCGCCGCUCCGUGUCCAUGAAUGAUCUGGUGCAGUCCAUGGUCCUGGCAGGUGGACAAUGGGCAGGUAGUGCUGACAAUCUGGAGGGUCCCGAGGAUCAUGCAUCCGGGAAAAGGAGGAAAGAUUUGGGAUCUAUGGCCUUCUCCACUACAGCAAUCGACUUUUCAACUGCCAAUGCCUCUUCGGCCUUCAGAUCCAAGGUUUUGCCUAAAAGUAAAGACGGCGCUUCUUAUGAGGAUUUAAGUGCUCGUUCUGUAGGAAGUGACUCCUAUUCUGUGCCUGGAACGCAUGCUCCCAGACCAGCCAGCCUGGAUAGUGCCAGGACUUCUUCUAGUAAUAGUAAUAAUAAUGCUUCAGCCCCUGGAGUCACAGGAGUGGUAGCUUCACAGAUCAGGUCCCACAGCCACAUUGGUGGAGGUUUCAGCCUGCAUCAGGAAAGUGAACCACUGAAUGGCAAUGGGAGCCCAGUCCCUUACCUUGGUCAUCGUUUAAAAAAGUCUGCAGUAUCUAGUCCCAUGCUGAGGCUUAAACUAGGGGACACACCAGAAACCUCGCUCCAGUCUAAGAUGAACCUUGGGUCCCCCGGAAGUGAAAGGGUUUCACUCAAACAAUUUUUAGAGGAAAGCAACAAGUUGACUGUAAGCCAGAUUCGUUCUGGAAGUCAGGAAAACCUGUUAGAUGAAGUUAUGAGAAGCCUUUCUAGUUCUGCCGAGUCUGCGGGAUUUCAGUCUCCUACACUGCUCUCUCCCGGCAUAUCACGGACACUGGAUCGGAAAUCUGCCAAACCAGAACAGUGCGUGAGACCCAAUUUACGGAAAACGGAGAGCUCUCGUUUUACCUUCCCUGAACUGGUCAAUUCACAGUCCUUAGAUGGAAGCUCUGCUAUGGGAGAUGGGACAGUGUUCUCCCAGACACACACAAAAGAUUCCAAUCCAUAUGCAACGUUACCUCGUGCGAGCAGUGUGAUCUCUACUGCAGAGGGGACUACUCGGAGGACAAGUAUCCAUGAUUUUUUAUCCAAAGACAAUAGGUCACCUGUAUCAGUUGAUCCAUCACCCACAGCAGAGGACGCGCCCUGUUUAUCGAAUGUGGAUGCAACACAAGAAGUCAGGCUUUCAAAAAGCAGGUCUAGGGAGCAGCAAACCCCUUAAUUUAGCCACCCAUUUCAAGUGAUAUCCCAGUUGAGAGAAAAGUGGCCUUCAUUUCUCAAGGGGAAGUUUAUUUCUGAAGUCCCGAGAUCUCGAGCCCCGUCUUUUUUCUGAGAAACUGCUAGUAAAGCCUCAGGACUGGGGAGAUUCCACACUUUUCCUUCCUUGAAUCAAGGAGUUGUGUUGGAUUGAAUGCAAACAAUACAAAUGAAAGUGGAGGAUUGGGUGUCCUGCUCUUUGCACUGGGGAAUAUUCCACUGUCCUGAUCAAGAAGAACCUGUCGUUACUCAUCAUAGGAAUUCACUUCUCACAUGAUCGUUUAAUCCUGAGCUUUUAUACCCUUCUGUUUGGUGUUUUCAUUCUGUGUAUAUUACAUUUGUUUUUAUUUUAUUUGCAAACUGACAAGCUUCCUGGCCCAACUGCCAGCAAUGUGCAACACGUGGGAUUGUGCGACACGCGGGAUUGUGCGCCCCCUAAUGUUCAUUUUAGUAGGGUGUAGUGAUCCCCUCCUCUAGAUGAUAAGCUUAUAAAGCAGGGGUGUGAUAUUCUUAUAAUACAGUGACUGUGCACCAAUAUAACAGAUGACAUCACUAAGCCCUGAUAUUUUACUGGUUAUUGAUGGGAUUUUUUUAUUAGGAUAUUAGAAAUCAUAGAAAAAAAGACAAGAUUGGACAUGAUGUGCCUUCAUACAGGUUAUGAUUAUUUUUAAUAUCUUUUA